UUGGAUAGAUGAAUUGUGAUGGGCUUUCCUCCACGGAGCCCUUCCUCGUUGCCUCCACCAUCUUUCCUUUUCCCUUUGCCCUCAUUAGCGGUGCCUUCUCCGCUUGCCCAGUUCUAGCACAGGCGGCGGCUAAUGGCGCUCCCCUCUCGUCCUCUCGUCUAUGCCCGCUUCUCUCCCCUCUCUAACUCCUAUCCCUCCUUUUCUCUCUUCCUCCCUCCCUCUCCUCUCGGCCGUACAUGUAGAUCCCAGGAUAUUGCUUUUGGAUUUGGGAGACACAGGAAGUCGAAUCUCAGGCUUCUCGCUGGCAGCAGAAGUUGUCGCAAUCCAUGCCUCGUGGUUCUUCGUUCUUUCGCUGGCCACGAGGCGGAGAGGGGUUCCUGCAGCGUGAACGACGAAGGUGACGAGGAGGAGAUAGAGGAGGACGUCGACCACGAGAAGCAAGUUGAAGAUGAGGAGUCAGUGACUUCUGUCGCGGCCGAGAGAUGGGAUGUCUUAGGCCUCGGCCAGGCCAUGGUAGACUUCUCCGGCAUGGUUCAUGAUGAAUUCUUAGAGAGAUUGGGGUUAGAGAAAGGCACUAGGAAGGUUGUUAAUCAUGAGGAGAGGGGCAGGGUUUUGCGAGCUAUGGAUGGUUGCAGUUACAAGGCUGCUGCAGGAGGUUCUCUCUCUAAUACACUUGUGGCUUUGGCAAGACUUGGUAGCCGGUUUGUGAGUGGUCCGAACUUGAAUGUUGCCCUGGCAGGCAGUGUGGGCAGUGAUCCACUGGGUGGGUUUUACAGGGCAAAACUACGUCGUGCAAACGUUAAUUUUCUUUCUAAACCUGUGAAGGAUGGUACGACUGGCACAGUUAUAGUUCUAACAACUCCAGAUGCCCAACGUACUAUGCUUGCAUAUCAGGGAACAUCAUCGACCAUUGAUUAUGAUCAAUACUUGGCUGGUAUAGUCUCAAAGACAAAUAUACUCGUCAUAGAGGGUUACCUAUUUGAGUUACCCCAUACCAUCAAAACUAUUGCAAAAGCCUGCGAGGAAGCUCGUAAAAAUGGUGCACUUGUUGCUGUAACAGCAUCUGAUGUUUCAUGCAUCGAGAGAUGUUAUGAUGAUUUUUGGGAAAUCAUAGGGAAUUAUACAGACAUUGUAUUCGCCAACAGCAAUGAAGCAAGAGCCUUUUGUGACUUUUCUUCUAGAGAUAGCCCAAUGUCAGCUGCUAGGUACUUGAGUCAUUUUGUACCUCUGGUCUCUGUGACGGAUGGUCCACGAGGCUCAUUUAUUGGUGUAAAAGGUGAAGCAAUCUACAUACCCCCAUCUCCAUGCAUACCGGUGGACACUUGUGGAGCAGGUGAUGCAUAUGCAUCAGGCAUAUUGUAUGGUAUUCUUAGAGGGACCUCCGAUUUGAAAGGUAUGGGAAUGCUGGCUUCUUGUGUAGCAGCAGUCGUGGUUGGACAGCAGGGUACUCGCCUACGGGUUCAAGAUGCCUGCAGAUUGGCAGAGUCUUUCACCUUUCAUCUUGAGAGCUCAAAUGCUCUCUCUGAUGUCAGUUCGGAUCAUAUCUCCAGCUUAUGACUUAUCUUCCACUUCAGUUCAUAUCAGACGAUACUUGGUCAACUUUAUAAACCUCGCAGGAUGAUUAAAAAAAUUCAUACUCAGUUUGAUGCACUUGUAGAUGAUCUCCCUUCCUGGUUUGGUUGCAUUAGCUAUUUACAGAAGAGUGUUAGCUGCAGGAUCAAGCUGGGAAGAACAUAGAGAAACCAGAAGGAAAGCCAUUGAUCAUGACAAGGACACCUUCGGAGGAUGCUCGCUGUAAUGAUACGUUCCAUAGAUUUCAAGCUUCCAAUUUCGAUGGUUCUUUGCCAGUAUUGUGUAAAGAUACGGGCUAGACUAUUUAACUGGGCAAAAAGAUUUAGUGUGAGAGAAAGGUUGGAAUUGUAUGUUGUCCAACUCAGACAGAAUCCGUCUGAUGGGGGAUUAUUGCUAAAUGUGGUAAAAGGUUUAGCCAUUUGGUUUGGUGCAACUGUGUUUCAGACAUCAGUGAGGCUCUUAAUGACAAUAAGGCUCCUAUGCAUAUGCCACAAGCUGCUGUUAAUGGUA